CUUUUCUCUGUUUCUCGUCUCAAUUCUUCCUUCAGGCCGGGUUUUAAAGACGCCAGACCGCGCGCUCGGAGGAUGUUAUGGGCUCUUAAGGGCGAGAAGGCCCGGUUUUAUUUGAUGAUGUGAGCGUAAAGCGCUCGUGGCCUUCAGAUCUGAUCGGUCAUUUCCGCAAGAGCACCAGAGAGGAACAAACUCGCCGAAAAGCACAGCCCUACGCCACGCAGAAACCCCCAGAACGAGCCGGAGGCUUCAGAACCGUCGGCGGGAUCCGAAACGAUCUUCUGGGUUUCUUCGGGGGAGAUGUGAAGAGCUUGUAGAACGUGAGGGUGUGGCCUUCAACUGGUGCAGAACUCAGAAAGUCAGAAGAGGAAACACGGUGAGAUCGGCACGAGACCCAGCCCGGCUCUGAUGGAGACCCGAAGAUCUCUGCUUCGUCAAACCAGCACUCACGUGCAGCCCUCGGUUCGACGGGAUAUAAGUGAUAUCUCUGGAUAUGAAGCGUCCGUUCCUUCCAGCGGCGAUGCACCAUGUAGCCGACGAGAUCGAGGUCUUAUAAUACUUUAAGAUAUUCAAGAGCGGCCGUCAUGUGAGGUAUAACUCCCGGGAUUCACACAAACACUCGUUGGAUCAGCUCUCACACACACACACACACACACACACACAGGGUCUGGAUGUUAGAGAGCAGGUGAAGGCAAAGCAAGAUGAGGAGAGGCCGGAGAAAAGGAGGCAGUCGGGAUAAAGUGUUCGGCUGUGACCUGCUCGAGCAUCUCAGCUCCACGGGACAGGAGAUUCCUCAGGUGUUACGCAGCUGCAGUGAGUUCAUCGAGAAGCAUGGGAUCGUGGACGGGAUCUACAGACUGUCUGGAGUGUCAUCUAACACACAGAAACUACGGAGCGAGUUCGACACCGAAGGUUCUCCGGACCUGUAUAAGGACGUGUAUCUGCAGGACAUCCACUGUGUCAGUUCUCUGUGUAAGGCGUAUUUCCGAGAGCUGCCCAACCCUCUGCUCACAUACGAGCUGUACGACCGCUUCGCCGACGCUGUGGCGAUUCAGCUGGAAGACGAGCGGCUGGUGAAGAUUACAGAGGUUCUGAAGGAUUUACCGGCUCUUCAUCACAGGACUUUGGAGUAUUUGAUGCGUCAUCUGGUCAAGAUGUCCACUUUCGCCUCGCAGACCAACAUGCAUUCUAGAAACCUGGCCAUCGUCUGGGCCCCGAACCUCCUCAGAUCGAAGGACAUCGAGUCGACCGGUUUCAACGGCACCGCUGCGUUCAUGGAGGUCCGCGUCCAGUCCAUCGUGGUGGAGUUUAUUCUCACUCACGUGGCCGAGCUUUUCCCUGGAACCGGAUUGAGCGUGGAGCGCCGGAAGUCCCUUCCGUCUCCCUCCAUACUGUCCGGUGAGGAACCUUUCUUCAAGUCUUUACCGGUUCACUGUCCAGGGAACCUCAGUCCAGGAGAUGGACCUCUGCCCAUACGGCCGUACCACUCCAUCAUCGACGGCACUGACAAGAGGAAGGGCUCCCUCAAAGGAAGGAAGUGGAGGUCCAUCUUUAAUUUGGGCGGGAGACUCCAAGAUCCACGCAAAAAGAACAAGUAUUGUCCUAAAGAUAAAGAGAAGACGUCUCUGAGGCCGGCGAAGAGCAUGGACUCUCUGAGCUCGGGUCCUUAUGCACAAGACGAUUCCAAACAUGCAGCUCCUCUCCCUCUGGUUCUGUCCACGGUGUCGGGAAGCUCAGAGGGUGUGGCUUCUGCCGGAGGGGGCGUGUCCAGUGGAUACGCGGUUACUUACAGGCGAACGGGUGGAGCUCAGGUCAGCAUGGUGAGUGGAGGAACCCCGGGAACUUACAACCGUCUGGAGUCUGGGGGCGGAGCCGAGGGGGCGGAGCUCAGGGGCGUGUCCAAAUCGCCCGGAAUGACCAGCAAAGCAGACCGGCGCGCCGGGAUACACAUAUCAGGCCCAUUUUCAGUGACCGUCCCGCUUCAUAUAACAUCUGGACUGGCUCUGGGUGUCCUCCACGGCGGCUGGAACGAUAAGGAACAACCCCUGCAAGGAGACGAAGCAGAAGAUGAGGACGUUAAGAGCAUAGAGGCGGAGUCCACAGAGGAAAAUCCACUGAGCAAAAAUGAUGAUGUUCAAGAGAAGGAGAGUGAAACCAAUAGUCAGGAGGAAUGUGGGAAGGAUAUGGCAGAGAUUACAAAAAUUGAGAACGACAUGCCAGAAAAAGAAGAUGCAUUGAAUGACAAAGAAGGAGAAUAUCUGACUCAGAAUCAAGAGUCUGUUCAAGAAAAUGUAGAAGAUGCACAACCACAAGACAAAGAGAAAACCACCGAAGAGGAUUACAUGGACAUGAGAGGAAACCUCAGUCAGGAACCUGUCAGUCCGCACUACUACGAGGACAUGGAGUUUCCAGACCCGGAUCUGCCACUGGAUUUCCAGGAAGCUUUUGGUUUCUUGGAUUCGAUGGACAGCUGUGCCGUAAACCCGGUUGAGUUUUCAGUCGAGGCGCCUUGUUUUGAGAACGAAUAUGAAGAAGAGGAGGAUGAAAACAAAGACGAUCAGGCCGUUUCCGGUCCUUCGCAAAACUGCACUAAUGACUGUCAAACGCCUGCCGCCAAAAGCAGCAGCCCGUCCUUCACACACAGGCCUCUUCCUGGAAAAUCACACAGCCUGCCGUAUAAGUCCCGCCCCUUCCUGCCAGCCCUGUCAUUAUCCUCAGAUGACGGAUACAGCCCUGCAGAUGAUGAUGAUGAUGAUGAUGAGUCUGAUAAAGAAUCUGAAUAUGAGGACAUGUUUUGUCAGAGUCUGCCAGCCGGUCGGGAUUAUCAGGGACUGUCUUGGUUGAGUCCACAAAGCAACGAUGUAGAUCUUCACACUAGUAACCAAUCUAGCGCACUUCCAGGGAACAAUAAUGACGUGCAAUCCAUGGACCAAUCAGAAGACAAGAUUCCUGCCGCUUUGACAGACAGUGGUGAAGCUGCUUUUGAGCCGCUGCUUAGUGAAGAACGUCUCAGCUCAGAUGCACCGAAGACAGAUGAAGUGUGUAUGGAUGAGAAGAAGAACGAAGACAGGCAUUCAAGGGAUGUGGAGCAGGAAAAACACACACUGAUUGGAGAAGAUCAUCCAGAGAGUGAAGCCAGUGAAGAAGACACUUAUUUUGGACCGGACUCGAUUCCUUCUUCACCAGAACCCAGUAGCACCAGUUUUCUUGAACCCAUCCCAGCCGAAGAUGUUCAGCAGGUGCUGGAUGCUGAUGGUUACCAUGGUAACACUGAGGUAACAAACAGCGCUGAGCUCACGGAUGCAGACUGCGUCUCGCUGGCUUCUCAAGGUGAGAUUAGCAUCGAAACAAAGACGGAAGAAAGUCAAACAGAGGAGGGUGAGAACACUGAGGAAACCGUGAAAGUGGUGAGGAAUAUGGAGGAAAAUAAAGAAGAGAGUGAGAACGACAAAACAGACACAUGUGAAGAAAAGUGUGGUGUAGCGGAAGAUGCAAACGCUGGAUCUGUAGAAGAAUGUAUUGAUUGGAAUGAAGAGCAAAAACAGGUGAACAUGACUGAAAGUAAAGAAGAGUUUGAUGAAAAUAAAGGAGUUUGUGAGGAAAAUGCAAAAGAUGGAUCUAAAGAAGAAGCCAAAAGACAAGAUUUAGAGAAAAACAGUGGAGAAAGUGAAGAAGGAGAUGAUGAACAGGAGGCUAAAACACAAGAUUUAGAGGAAAAUAGUGGAGAAUCUGAGAAGGUAGAUGAGAAAGAAGGAGAACAAGACAAAAAGGAAGCUGAAAGACAAGCAAAUUUAGCAGAAAAUAAUGGAGAAUGUGAGGAAAAUGCAAAUGAUGGACCUAAAGAAGCAGAACAAGACAGAAACGAAGCUGAAGGACGUGAUGAUUUAGAGGAAAAUAGUGGAGAUUUUGAGGAAAAUGCAAAAGAUGGAUCUAAAGAAGAACCCAAAACACAAGAUUUUGAGGAAAACAGUGGAGAAUGUGAAGACCAUCAAAAAGGAGGAGAACAAGAAGCUAAAGGACAAGAAGAUUUAAAGGAGAAUAGUGGAGAAACUGAGAAGGUAGAUGAGGAACAUACAAAAGAAGAGGAACAAGAAAAAAACGAAGAUCAACGACAAGAACAUUUAGAGGAAAAUAGUGCAGAUUGUGAGGAACACGCUAAAGAAAACAGUGGAGAUUGUGAAGAAAUACACGAGGAACAUGCAAAAGAAGGAGAACGAGAAGCUAAAGGUUUUGAGGAAAAUAGUGGAGAAUCUGAGAAGGUAGAUGAGGAACAUACAGAAGAAGGACAAGAAGACAAAAACAAAGCUGAAUGCAGUGAAAACAACUCUGAGGAGGAUGUGAAAGUAAAAACAGAAAGUUCUAUCGAGGCAAAUCCUUCUGAUGAUCUGGACAAGUCCACAAUCGUGCAGCGACCAGACGAGAAUCAACACGAACAAACCGAAAGCAAAGAGACGGAAGAAGAGACCUCGGCGGCGCCUCGCAAAAAACGCUCUCUGCGCAAACCUCCACAUCCCACGAAAGCGGUUCCUGCCGUUCCUCCCAAACCUCAGAACUCCAAACUCACGGCGCUCAGAAAACAGCUCCAGCACAGACAGCACGAGGAGAAAGGAGCGCGAGCCGACCAAGAACCGCCAGCGGAAGCCAAAGACGCGGAGGAGAGCGCAGAGAACGGGGCGAAGCUGGACGCCGAGGGGCCCGCGGAGAGACGAGGGACGUGGGACGGCGGAGUGGAUCGCAGGAGAGACGUGGACAGAGACGGCAAGAGGAACAGCGGCAUCAGCAUGUGUUUCGAUGAAGCUGUGGCUCGAGCCACGGAGAAGAGGAGCCGAGAGAGAGGAAGCACAGAGAGACUGUCCGGAGCGCAGUGGAAAGACGGGAAAACUGACUGACGUGAGAGCAGAGCUGUAACAUAUCAUGUGCAAAGUUAAGGUUCGCAUUUUCUUCCAAUAUACUCACUUUCGUAUGAUACACACACACACACACACACACACACACACACACACACACACACACACACACACCUUAUUGUCAAAAGUAUUGGCACCCUUUUCUAACAAACAUGUUUGACUACAAUUUCUAACGUUUACUCAACUUCUAGGCUAUUGUGUGCUUCUAAUUUUAUAGCAAUUGUUGACCCUUUUCUAUUAUAUCCCUGUGUAUAAAGCAAAGUUUUAAAAGAAAUGAUUGACUGAGUCUGCGUGGAAGAGCUUGACUGGUGGAAGAGCCAAAAACUCGUACAUACACUAUAUGGACAUAAGUAUUGGCGCCCCCUUCUCCAGAACUGAAACCCUUCCAAAACUAUUCAUGUAUUUUAAAACAUGUUACUUUCGUCUCUGCUGCAAACGUUGUAGUGUUUGGUGAUGAUCACACCAGACCAAUCAGGUUCUUCCACACAGACUCAUUCAGUCAUUUCUUUGUGCAUUCUACGCAGAAAACGUCAUCUUGGAAUAGAAAAGAGUCCGAUAUUUUGCUAUACAAUUAGAAGCACACCGGUGCCAAGAAUAUUAUUACAUGCUUAUACAUUAAGACACGAAAGUAGUCAAACUGGUUCAUUAGAAGGACGUGGCCCAGUGGUUUUGGAAAUAUAGUGUGUGUGUGUGUGUGUGUAUAAAUAUAAGGGUUGUAUAGCGGAGAAGUGCAUCUCAAAUCAUUUAAUAAAUAUUUUUAUCAUUUAUUUCUUAUUAUUCAUACAAGAUAAAAUGGUUGUUUACACAUCAGCCACUCUAUACAUAUAAACUAGUUUUUAAACCAACGCAUUCAAUUUCAGACUGGUUUAAUGCAUUCAAAACCCCCCCACCCGGAGCCCUCUGCUUAAUUAAGACAAUGAGACAAUCUGUAUAUGAUGUUUUAUGUAUUUUAAUUUCUGUAUACAUUUAGAACAUUCUAUGCAUUUCUUUUUAAUAAAUUUGUAUUUUCACUAUAAAUA